UCGGGAUCCGGGGACCAUGAGUGUCGGCUUCAUCGGCGCCGGCCAGCUGGCCUGUGCACUUGCGCGGGGCUUCACGGCCGCAGGUGUCCUGUCGGCUCACAAGAUAAUAGCCAGCUCCCCGGAAAUGGACCUGCCCACAGUGUCCGCGCUCAGGAAGAUGGGUGUGAACCUGACCCGCAGCAACAAGGAGACAGUGAGGCACAGUGACGUCCUCUUCCUGGCCGUGAAGCCGCACAUCAUCCCCUUCAUCCUGGAUGAGAUUGGGGCCGACGUGCAGGCCAGGCAUAUCGUGGUCUCCUGCGCAGCUGGGGUCACCAUCAGCUCUGUGGAGAAGAAGCUGAUGGCGUUCCAGCCGACCCCCAAAGUGAUUCGCUGCAUGACCAACACUCCUGUGGUGGUGCGGGAGGGUGCCACGGUGUACGCCACAGGCACCCACGCCCUGGUGGAGGACGGGCAGCUCCUGGAGCAGCUCAUGAGCAGCGUGGGCUUCUGCACGGAGGUGGAGGAGGACCUGAUCGAUGCCGUCACGGGGCUCAGCGGCAGCGGGCCUGCCUACGCGUUCAUGGCCCUGGACGCACUGGCUGAUGGUGGGGUGAAGAUGGGCUUGCCGCGGCGCCUGGCAGUUCGGUUGGGGGCCCAGGCCUUGUUGGGAGCGGCCAAGAUGCUGCUAGACUCGGAGCAGCAUCCCGGCCAGCUCAAGGACAAUGUCUGCUCCCCUGGGGGGGCCACCAUCCAUGCCCUGCACUUCCUAGAGAGUGGAGGCUUCCGCUCUCUGCUCAUCAAUGCAGUUGAGGCCUCCUGCAUCCGAACACGAGAGCUGCAAUCCAUGGCUGACCAAGAAAAGAUCUCCCCUGCUGCCCUUAAGAAGACCCUCCUGGAUAGGGUGAAGCUGGAAUCUCCCUCAGUGUCCACACUGGCCCCCUCCAGCCCAGGGAAGCUCCUCACAAGAAGCCCAGCUCCAGGAGGCAGGAAGGACUGAGGCAGCCUCUCCCCUGCUCUCUGUGGUUCAGGGGCCUCAGCUCAGCAGUGCAGGGAGAGGGAAGGCCCGGGUAGUUUUCAGGUCCAUGUGAUAAAACCUCCUUAUGUCUGUUCAGAGCACGCAGCACCAAUUUCCUCUCCUGUCCCAUGUUGGAAGAUGCUCUGAGGGGGUGGCCCGUGCUGGAGGCCAGACACCACCCUGCACACCUCCCACUGCUGGCGCGAGAGGGGCUGGGAGCCGCUCGGUUGGGAGGUCUGCAGAGGACCUUCAACUGGGGUCCUCCCACUGGGGCCAAGGCAAGGGGAAGAGAGGAGAUAUGAUAAUAGAAAAGAGGGGAGCAACUUAGAAUUGUCACGAUCAGAAGUGUACGGGGCUGGCCGGUUAGCUCACUUGGUUAGAGCACGGCCUUGUAACUCCAAGGUCACAGGUUUGGUUCCCAGUACCAGCCAGUGGCCAAAAAAAGUGUUUUUUCAAGAAGUAGUGGACAGAAUUAGACUACAUUUAUAUUUACUCUUGCUUCAUAGGUGUGCCUUUAAAAAGUGUUAUUCAGUGCUGUUUAGCUCCUUUCAUAAAGUUUUUUUUAAAAAAUUA